GUCAGUUCGAGUUAAGCGGCGCCACGGUGUGGUAAUAAAAGUUGUCACCUGAAAACAGUCGACGUUUUUUUCAUUUUUGUCCCCGGAAAAAGAGCCUUCAACUUCAGAAGUGGGAUCCCGGUGUCCCGAAAGUGCUCUCCGGAACAGUGAAUUCGAGUUUUUCGGUAUUCGACGAUUUUCGCGACGAUGCCAUUGACGAGACGAAUGGCAGCGAAGACGAAGGAGGAAAUGGCCGAAAAGCAAACCGAUCCGCCAUUUUUCGACGCCGAGAACGAGCCGACGGAAAACGUGCAGGAAAAAGAGAACGACGAAACGGAUAGCGGUAGCCAGCUCCCGACGCAGACGGUGAGCGGUGGGACUUCUCGAAACGAAAUGCAAAUUGUGAACUUGCAUCCGUAUGACGUGGGACGACUUAUUCCGGAAUAUGCAGAAGGAGACGGCGUUGGUAAGUGGCUGCGGCGGAUCGACCACUUCCGGGCGAUAUAUGGUUGGUCGGAACAAAUGUGUCUGUUGUACGCAUCAACACGACUGGCCGGUGCGGCAGCAAAUUGGUACAGACGACAUGAGGAGUGGAUUUUCAAUUGGCGGCAGUUCAAGGAUCGCAUUAUUGUUGCUUUUCCGGAAACGUAUGACGAGGCUGAUAUUCAUCGUGAGCUGGAAGCAGUAAGAAUUGAGAAAGGAGAGUCCUAUGAAGCGUAUGUGUACCGUGUGGAUGCAAUCGCACAGAAGGGCGAUUUCAGUGUGUCGGCCACCAUCAAAUACAUAAUCAAAGGAUUGCGCUACGAUAAAGUGUACUGCAGCUUGCUGACGAAUCAGUAUACCUCUACGCUAGAGCUACUGCGGCACAUAAAGUGGAUUGCCUCGAACAUGGAGAUGCUUCCAUCUAACGCCUUCCGACAACCGAAAGUAAAUGCGGCGGUAACUUCGGCGGGCCCUCGGGCGGCUCCAUCGCCGGCUACAGGUGUGGUUUGUUACAACUGUCGUGAGCCUGGGCAUCGCUCGUUGGACUGUCCAAAGCCGCAGCGCAAAGAAAGAUGCAACAAAUGUCUUCGUGUGGGUCACGCAGCCGACGUUUGUAUGGAUCGUUCUACAGCUUCGCAGCAGCCAACACAGCAACCAGUUGUCAUCAACAAGUUCGACGGAGGGAAGCGAUCGGCUACCAAUGCCGUAUUCAAAGCAGUCGGACCUGACGACCACAUCACGGUGAACCAGGCUUCUCAGCAGGAAAUUGAAAUCGAGGCAGCGGGCGAACGUUUCAGAGCGAUGGCCUUGUUCGACACAGGAUCAGGACGACCACAGCAGUAGGGAUCUCGAUGGUUUGAGGGAAGAGGCGAUUCAGAAUAUGCGUAAACAGCAUCUAUAUAACAAACGCGUACACGAUAGCCAUUGUAAGAGAAAUACCCAGUAUAAGGAAGGAGAUCUGGUAAUGUUACGGAGGAUGAAUACAGCAGGUGAAAGAAACAAGCUAAAGCCGAAGUUUCGGGGACCAUAUGUGGUGAAGAAGGUGCUCGAUAACAACCGUUAUGUGAUAACCGAUUUAGAUAACUUUCAAGUUUCGAAUAUACGUUUCGAAGGCAUUUUUGACCCUCUAAAUAUGCGACUCUAUCAAAAAGCUGAGAACCAAGAUGAACGUGGGAAUACGGAUAUUGAAUAUGAAGAUGUUGAGUAUUUGGAAGAAGAAGAAAUUGAACAAGAAGAAAAAGAGCAAAACGAAGAUAUUGUAUACGAAGAAGUAGAGUAUUUGGAGGAGGAUUAGAUUAAUUGUCAAGGUGGCUGGUAACUGCAGGAUGGCCGAGCUGUAAGCGUUAGUGAAACAACAUUGAAUAGCCCCUUGAAUUUUAACGAAACAUGUUCUAUACAAUUGUAAAACCCCUUGGUUAUUAUACUUCCCUCCAAAACGAGAGCAGAAAGUCAGUUCGAGUUAAGCGGCGCCACGGUGUGGUAAUAAAAGUUGUCACCUGAAAACAGUCGACGUUUUUUUCAUUUUUG